AGAUCUGAACUUUUUUGCGCGAUCCACCCGACGAGAGGUCCAUAAGAAGAUCAAAGAUCUCCCCGUUGACUCAUCUGGUGGUUGAUAACUACAACGCUUCCCACGAUGGUUGUGCAAGACCGUUACCAAGCCGUCCUAGCCCAGAACAAGGACUGGGCGAACAGAACCUCCAAAGAAUACCCAGAACUCUUCCCUACCCUCGCCUCCGGCCAGCACCCCGAGAUCUUGUGGAUCGGAUGCUCCGACUCGCGAUGCCCCGAAACCACCAUCCUGGGUCUCCAGCCCGGUGACGUCUUUGUGCACCGUAACAUCGCCAACGUGCUGCACGCCGGUGACCUGAACUCCGCCGCCGUCAUCGAAUACGCCGUUGCUCACCUCAAGGUGAAGCACAUUGUUCUCUGUGGACACACUUCCUGCGGUGGUGUCGCGGCUGCUCUCGCGAACAAGAAGCUGGGUCUCAUCGACAGCUGGCUGAUGCCGCUGCGCACCCUGCGUGCGCAGAACCUCGAGCUCCUCCAGUCGCUGUCGCCCAGCGAGGCCUCGCUGAAGCUGGUCGAGCUGAACGUGGAGCAGGGUGUGCGCACGUUGAAGGAGAACGGAGUCGUGCUGGACGCGAUUGAGGAACGAGGCCUCAAGGUUCACGGUCUGGUCUACGAUGUUGGCAGCGGAACCCUGAGGGAGAUCGACACCAGCGAACCGCAUGCUGCUAUCAAGGCGCGGUUGACCGCUUUCAAGACCGAGGCAUAGAGAGGGCGGGUCUUGCUGAUUCGAGACGUUUUUCGCUCUGUAUAGACCUGGGCGGUUUCAAGAAGAGCAAGCGUGUGCUUUUACGAAAUUCAGUUGUUUGCGCAUACAUACAAAAACAG